AGACAAGUUCCGCCCACGUGAAAGAUGGCGUUUGUAGUGACAACCAUCCCAGUUGCCCUUUCCCUUCUCUGCGGGAGUGGUGCCUAGACCGUCCAGGGAGAGUGUUGCUAGGGAGUUAUUGCAAGCGUUUGGAUAAUGUGAGACCUGGGAUGCAGGGAUGUCGACUAUCUGCCCCCCACCAUCUCCUGCUGUUGCCAAGACAGAGAUUGCUUUCAGUGGUGAAUCACCCUUGUUGGCGGCUACCUUUGCUUACUGGGAUAAUAUUCUUGGUCCUAGAGUAAGGCACAUUUGGGCUCCAAAGACAGACCAAGUACUUCUCAGUGAUGGAGAAAUAACUUUUCUUGCCAACCACACUCUUAAUGGAGAAAUUCUUCGAAAUGCAGAGAGUGGGGCUAUAGAUGUAAAGUUUUUUGUCUUAUCUGAAAAAGGCGUAAUUAUUGUCUCAUUAAUCUUCGAUGGAAACUGGAACGGAGAUCGGAGCACGUAUGGACUAUCAAUUAUACUUCCGCAAACCGAGCUUAGUUUCUACCUCCCACUUCACAGAGUGUGUGUUGACAGGUUAACACACAUUAUUCGGAAAGGAAGGAUAUGGAUGCAUAAGGAAAGACAAGAAAAUGUCCAGAAAAUUGUCUUGGAAGGCACAGAGAGGAUGGAAGAUCAGGGUCAGAGUAUCAUUCCUAUGCUUACUGGGGAAGUCAUUCCUGUAAUGGAGCUGCUUGCAUCUAUGAAAUCACACAGUGUUCCUGAAGACAUUGAUAUAGCUGAUACAGUACUCAAUGAUGAUGACAUUGGUGACAGCUGUCAUGAAGGCUUUCUUCUCAAUGCCAUAAGCUCACAUCUGCAGACCUGUGGCUGUUCUGUCGUAGUAGGCAGCAGUGCAGAGAAAGUAAAUAAGAUAGUAAGAACACUGUGCCUUUUUCUGACACCAGCAGAGAGGAAAUGCUCCAGGCUAUGUGAUGCAGAAUCAUCCUUUAAAUACGAAUCGGGGCUCUUUGUCCAAGGCUUGUUAAAGGAUGCAACGGGCAGUUUUGUACUACCCUUCCGGCAAGUUAUGUAUGCCCCAUAUCCCACCACGCAUAUUGACGUGGAUGUCAACACUGUCAAGCAGAUGCCACCGUGUCAUGAACAUAUUUAUAACCAGCGCAGAUACAUGAGGUCAGAGCUGGCAGCCUUCUGGAGGGCAACUUCAGAAGAGGACAUGGCCCAGGAUACCAUCAUCUACACAGAUGAGAGCUUCACUCCUGAUUUGAAUAUUUUCCAAGAUGUCUUACACAGGGACACUCUCGUGAAAGCCUUCCUGGAUCAGGUCUUCUAUUUGAAGCCUGGCCUGUCUCUCAGGAGUACUUUCCUAGCACAGUUCCUCCUCAUUCUUCACAGGAAAGCCUUGACACUAAUCAAAUACAUAGAGGAUGAUACGCAGAAGGGGAAAAAGCCCUUUAAGUCUCUUCGGAACCUGAAGAUAGAUCUUGACUUAACAGCAGAGGGCGAUCUUAACAUAAUAAUGGCUCUAGCUGAGAAAAUUAAGCCAGGCCUACACUCAUUCAUCUUUGGGAGACCUUUCUAUACUAGUGUACAAGAACGUGAUGUUCUAAUGACAUUUUAAACGUGUGGUUUGCUGUGUCUCUCUCUUCACAGUCACACCUGCUGUUACAGUGUCUCAGCAGUGUGGACACGUCCUUCCUCCCAGGUCCUGCUGCAGGACAGGGUACACUACACUUGUCAGUAGAGGUCUGUACUGGAAGUCAGGUGCAUCUGACAGUGAAUGUGUCUUUUCCUAGAAUAGAUGUACUCUCUUAGGGCCUUAUGUUUACAGUUAUCCUAAGUACUAUUGCUGUCUUCUAAAGAUAUGAAUGAUGGGAUAUACACUUGACCAUAACUGCUGGUUGGUUUGUUGUUUGUUUGUUUUGAAACUCAUGAUUCAUGGUUUACAUGUAUCACACUGAAACCCUAGUUAGCUUUUACAGGUAAAGUGUGAGUUGGCUUCUUCCUGUCCCUCUGUGUUCUGUGGUGUGUACAAUCUGUGGUAUGUAGAAUCACUUCUGCCACAACUAAAAACUAGAGCAUUUCAAGUUUGCAAUUCCACAGAAAGGAACUUAGUGUGACUACAGAUUAGUUCUUGAAAGAAGACACUGAUAGAGCAGAGUUCUAGGUGAAGUCAGCUGUUAGAUCCUCCUUUAGAGACUUAGUCCUUCAGAUUCAGUCUGUAUAGAAAUGCCGAAGAGUCAUGCAUGGGCCCUGAAGAUGGUGAACCAUGGUAUGCUUUUUGUUGGUUUAUUAUAGUUCUGUCAAAGAAAGUGGCAUUUGUUUUUAUAAUUGUUGCCAACUUUUAAGGUUAAUUUUCAUUAUUUUUGAGCCAAAUUAAAAUGUGCACCU